AGUUAAAACUUUGUCAUUAUAAAGAUCAUUAGAACAUCAGUACCUUUGAUCGGGAAAAUCUUAGUGAUCGGUAACGGGUUUCCACUAUUUAUUUAAAGGAUCAAGAUUCAUUCAUAAGAUAGAAACGUGGAAGAAUAUUAAGACAAAUGGUUUAAAUCUCGAGUUGAUGUGCUCGUUCAGGCAGUAAUAAUUGUUUUGUAUGGACAGGGGUUAUCUGUGAUUGUUUAAGUGUGUAUUGUACAAUACCCAGAAGAAAGAUGACAACAGGUUCAUGAAAUAUUAUGCACCGUGCAUUAUAGUAAUUGAGUUUCUGCCACGUUCCGGCAUAAAACAACUAAAUGUGAUAUACUUGGAAGGUUAUCUAAAUUGAAGCAUUGAUUAAGGAUGUGAAUUAUUGUGCAGUUUAAAGAUAGACAGAAAGAAGGAUGGCACAAAGAUAUAUAACAGCAAUGGACUUUGCUGACAUGCAUGCUAGGAAGAUACUUAGGAAGCAAGCAAUGAAAAGACCCUUAGGUGAAAUAGAAAUAAAACAUCGAUAUUACCCUCCACAACCAGUAUUAUCCUGUCGAACUGUCAAUAUCGAUGUGACGGGGACAAGGACAUAUCGGCCAAAAUCAUCCACAGACAUCAUCAAAGAACAACAUCAACUUAUACACUCCAUAUACAAUAAACCAAGAAACAUACAGUCAGCUCCGUCCAAGGGAAGACGCCCACAAUCCCCCAACAGACAGUAUUAUGGUGACCAGGAUCAUCUCAGGAAAUUUAAACGUUUAAACAUUGAGAUUCAAGGAAGACCGCUGACUUCCUCCAAAUCACAGCCAUCAACACCAAGAGCUAACAGACCCAGGUCCAAUUUACGUCCAAAAACAGCAGGAGCAGUACAAAAAUCUGAAGAUCGAAAAAAGAAAAAUGAUCCUCUUUUGGUGUCAAGUAGACAAACGAAAGAAUUAACGCAGAAAAUUCAUGAGCAUUGGGAACCAGACCACAACAACUUAAACCAGGGUGUGUUUGUAAGGGGACAAUCCAAGGAGGGUCCCACUAGCUUUGAUAGUUGGCUGAUGUUUGGGGGAACACCGGCAGACGGAUCCACUGGCAUUGUGGAUGCAUUUGCUUUAACAGAAGAGACAGAGUAUUACAACAUAGAGAGUAGUGUUGGUAGUAAGGUAGCUCAGCAGUUACAGAAAGGGGAUAAAGUUAGAAUUGGCAUAAAUGGCAGUGUCCAGUCUCAAGAUCUUAAGGUCAAGAAAUGGACCAGGGAAACAAGCUACAUAAAGGAAGAAGAACCUGAAAGGAAAAGUAAUGGUGUCAUGAUCAUUCCACUUUGUUGGGAUGAUGCAGUUACCAGUCCUGUAACAAAAGUUAUCUCCCCUAGAGGGGAACCAGAGGAAAGAGCUAAACCAAAUUUAUGUGAGACACAUCCAGUUUUGUUUACUAAAGAAAAUGAGGAAGAUAGAAUGAAAGAAAAAAUAAGUAUGACAAUUAUAGAAAGACCAGGGAGUUAUAAAGUAAAACAUCGUCCAAAAUCACGUACAUAUGUUACUGGUCAUGAACAAAAUAAUAAACUUGUAGACAUAACUAUAGACCAAAAAUCAUUGGAUGAUGAAUCCAUGCUUCAUAAUUUAUCGGUGGACGAUGUUUUACGCCAUACACUUGAUAACCGACGGACACAUCAUAGGUCAGAGGAUAGCCUGGAUGGCAGUAGUAUUUAUUUUGAACAGAACGGAAUGUCUCCAAGGAUGGAUGAUGGAAAAGAAAAUGUGCGCAGUCCUAGCAAAAUUAGUAUUGUGGAUUCACAUGCUAGUGACAGAAGUGAUAUAAGUUCUAAACAGUCUAAAGCCAAAGUUGUGACCUUGAACUAUAGUAUUGGUCGAUCAAAGACAUCUGAUUUAGUAGUUGGUCCUCCAACGGGAUCUCUUGUACGAUCUAACACAGAUAUUUCAUUGAAGUCUGCAAGUUCUGUCAGAGGCAGUGAUAGAUCAUAUAGAAAUGGUGAACGUUCUGGUUCAAAACUUGGUUAUCGUAGUUCUUCUGGAAGAUCAGGGCGUAUUGGAAGUCCAGCAACAUACUCAAGUUUUGGUCCUAAAUCUGAAACUGAAUAUAUUCAGAUUUCUUCUCAAAUCAAAAUGCCUAUUCCUAAUCCAACACACCCAAACCUACCAAAACAAGAUGAAUAUAUAUCUCAAGCAAAAACUAAUGAAGCAAUAAGACAGGUCACUAAGCAGAACAAAGUGCAGGUUGUUGAAAAAGAACGAGAGGUCAAACAAACGACCCCGGCACCUGCUCCGUCUCCAGAACCUCCUAUGGAAGAAAGAGAGGAAACCAAAGUAGCAGAUCCCAAAAGAUCAGCACCUCUAUCACCUGCAACUGUUUCUAUAAAUAUACCAACAGCUGAACAGUUUGAAGGUGAAUCUCCAUGGCCGACAAAUAGAACAGGGACUGAGGUAGAAACCACUAGUCGCCUCAAAAAAGAAGGAACUGAUUUACAGAAAAUAACAGAAAGUUCUAUUGAAAAAACUGUAAAAUUUAAGGAUGAUGUGUCUUGAUAUGCUUUGACAUUGUUUUAGAGCUGCUCUAAUUAUACAUUGUGUACUUAAGAAUAGGUAUUAGUGGAAGAUGCUGUAUAGAUAUAAACUAUAGUGAGUUACUGUCUCAUGGUUUAUAUCUUAUCAGUAUAUGGUAUGCAUUUCUUUAGUAGUUGAUUUUGAAUCAUUUUUAUAUUUUUUAUCAAACUUAAAGAUAGUCUAAAGUUUGUACAUUUUCAGGACUGGGAUAGUGAAGUUACUAAAUUAUUGAUUCAGUUCACAGUAAACAGAUUGUUUAAAACAAAAGCUUGAAAAAUUUAAUUUAUCAUUGUGAUUAUGUUUAAGUGAUUAUGUCCCUAUUAUGGUAUAAGUUAGUGCAUUUAUUCAUGUACUUCUUGUGAAGAGAAGUGUCAUAUCACCUAUAUUUAUGGGAGAUGAUUCAUUUCAUAAUCAGGGUAUACGAAAUACAUUAUAGCCAGAAACCAGAAAUUGUGAGAAUUUUUUAUGCAUUUGAAGCACUUUUAAUGUUUAUGAUAUAUUUGUAAUUGCAGAAUUGUCUUUUUUAUAAGAUUUUAUGCAAUUGUAUAUACAGAAUAAUUAAAGUGAAAUUUUACAAAAAAUUUAGAUUUCCCAAAAAUUAUUUAAAAAUGUAAGCUUGAAUUAUCUGUGUAGUGAAGAUAAUUCAAGAAAUUAAAAAUUAUUUUUAAGAUGAUUUUCAUCUGUCAGAUCUAGCUCUUACUGAUGUGUGCCUUAAGUAAAAAGAUACAUCGAAAUUGUCAAUCAAAACAACACAGUAAUCAUAUAUUUUCAGAGAAUUUAAGUGACAAUUGUAGAAAAUGUUUGAAGUUUUGAUUGUAGAAAAUAUACAUGUAUUUUUUAGUUUUAAUGAUAAAUAAUAAUGGGAUACAACUCCUAACAGUCAUGUAUUUCUUUUCAAGCUGGUUCAUAUCAUGUUAGAUUGUUUUUCAUUUAUUUAUUUGUUUGUUUAUCAAUAUCUCAAAUUUAACCAGUAAACAUUCAUUAACUGUUUUUAAAAAUAUUCGUUUAGUAUUAAUUUCAUGAAGUACAGCUUUAACAUUUAUUUAGUAUCUUCCAAAAAUAAUCAAAUAACUCAAACACAUAGAAGAAUAAUGUAUUUUAUCAGCAACCCAAGUAGACAACUUUUUUCAUGCACUUUUCGUUAUUAUGAUUUCAAAAAAUCAUUUUGUGAUUCAUAAAAGUUGUUUUGUUUUAAACUGGGUGUGAAAACUUUAUAUUAACUAUAAAAAGGGAGAUUAUUAGCAAGGGCUAUAUUUCUGCUAAUUUUGUGAAUUUUGAUAACAUUGCUAAUAUGUUCCUUUCCACUUAAAUUUGAAGUUCAGUAUUAGUAUUAGGGAUCAUAAACUAAAAAUUGCAAAGUUAAGUCUCCUGUUUUUUCCACUUUACACUAAUCAAUGUUGUAAAAGAGGAAAUCAAUGGACAUAUUCAUGUAUGCCUUUAUUUAACUUGCAUGUUAUAUUGUUUUAAUGCAACACCCAUACACAGAUCUCUUGUUGAACUGAACAUAAAAUAAAAUAAAGUUUAAAUGUUAUCAAAUUCACUCUCAACUAAUCUUAAUUAAAAAAAUCAUUGCAUCAAUGUGUGCAUUUGAGGUAUAGAAUUUUCUAUAGAAUUUAAACAAGUAUUUUUUUAAUGUGCCAAUGAUUGUAGUCAUACUGCAUUUGUUUUUGAUUUUUUUUCUAUUAUUAUAAUUUGUACAGUGUAUAAUCAUUUCUUUUUUUUAUCAACAAAUAAUGUUGUUUUUACUGACAUUAUUUCAUAUUUAUCUUUUUAUUUUUAGAUUUUGUCAUGACAAAUUUAUUUUAGAUUUU